AAUUAAUCUAUAAGUAAAAUGAAAUAAUUCGCCAUUUAAAAAUCAUUAAUUAUAUUAACCAUUUUAUUGAUCAACAUUUAUUAAAUAUAAUGCGUUUAAUAAGAAUAAAGUAAGUGGGCUGUUUGCGUAAUAAAUAUUAUUUGUUAUUUUAAUAUAUAAAUAUAAAAUACUAUUUUUUGAAAAUAAUCGUAUAAAGAAUUCUUUAAGCUUACCAAACAAUUAAUCAUAAUGUGUAAUGCUUAUUUUUUAUACUUAUUUAAGAUUAACUUUAUUUUUAGAAAGU